AUGCAUGAGCAUGGAGUUCAUUUCUCGUUGGAAGGGCCUAUAAUUUAUCAACUGCCAACGGGGAAGGUGGGUAUUCCGAUAGCGAUCUUCGAGGCCGGGUUUCAUCUUCUUGUUUCUGAUUUCUUCAAUGAGGUUAUGCGAGAAUAUGGUUUCUUCGAGGAUCACAACCUGACCCCAAACGAUGUGAACAAGAUAGUUGGAUUUGAGUUAGGUGAUUUGGUUGGGGCUAGCUAUCCUUGUGUGCCCAUGGCUUCAGAUCGGGUGCCCCAACUAUUGGGGGUUGGUUUGUCAGUGGUUCACGCGUUGAGAGGGUUUUUUUUUAACGGUGAAGAUUGGUCGGACUGUGUAUUGGCAACAUGCGAAAUGAGCGUUGGUUGGCGGUCGCGUGGAAAGAUGCCUCAGUUUUAUGUGGACAAUGAUGUUUUUUUUUUAAAAAAGAAGGGGGGUUUUGCGUUGUUGCCAUUUCAGGGCAGUGUCCCUCCUGUCGAGGUGGGGGUCAGGGCUACUUCUCCGGUCAGGGGAUCGAGUAUGGCUACCGCUCAAUCCGUCUCUCGGCGUCGAUCUGCUUCUAUCGAUUCUUCUCUUGAGGAGGAUAUCAGUGGCAGUACUAUUGGCCAACGUUUACAUCGGAAACACAACAUCGAUCCUCUGCUCGCUAAUUCAUCCAUUGUUAAUGAGAUUACUUACGGUGAUGACCUAAAAGUUCCCGCCCGUGUGUGGUCCCGACAUGCAUUUCCUUCGGUUACCCUGGAGGCUCUCGAUGCUCUUUCUUAUUCUCACGUGGCGAACGAUCUUAUGUAUGUCGCUGCUCAGGUUGCUCUUUACUUGGUGGCAGUUGUUGGUCAUCUUUGUUACAUAGGGGAGAACACUAUUGUAGAAUCUCGGUUGGCGACUCUAGAUGGGGAGAAGGUGGCGGUUCGUGUGGUAGACCAUGUUGUUGAGAGUAGUGAGUCCGCGGUAUGGAUUUUUCGUGUGAAUGUCGUGUCUAUGGCUACUGGUACAGAGAGGAGGAAGCAGAAGGCACGAGUGUGGACAUCCGGCAGCAGUCCUGGAUCAUCCAAUCUAGAUGUUGCGGCACGGUCUAUUGAUGCAAUGCAUGUUGCCAUCAAGGCUUUUUCGAAGAUGGACUUCAUGUCUUAUCUUCAUUUGGUCGAGCUCGGCCUUACCGAUCUUCACUAA